GGAAAACGCAAUGGAGCCCUGAACAUUUGUCAUUUUUUUUUAUAUCUCUCUUUUGACCCCUGGAAAAGAAUAUUAGUAGGCAAAACCCCCCCCACCCCCCUCGCUUCAUCUGUUAUUUAUUUGAGGCGCAACAGGGCGGUGCAACGAUGUGGAUCCAAAUUCGUACUAUAGACGGGAAGGAGACGCGUACCGUUGAGGAUCUUUCUAGAUUGACCAAAAUUGAGUCUUUACGGUUGAAAAUACAGGACAUCUUCAAUGUGAGCCCACAACAACAGCGCCUGUUCUACAGAGGGAAGCAGAUGGAAGAUGGCCAGACGCUGUUUGACUACAACGUGGGUCUCAACGACAUUGUCCAGCUGCUGAUCCGCUCACAGACUGACCCUCCCGACAGCCCCAUCACCAAGGACUCCUCAAGCGUCGCCUGUAGUUCAGCUCCUCCCUCUGACUCCAGAUCUGAAAGCCACGACUCCCCAGCUCCCAUCUCACCCGCUGCUAUGGAAACUUCCACCAAUAUAGACAAUGACAGCAGUGACACCACCAGCACCAUUAACAAAGCCAAGCCGGACACCAGCGCUACCAGUAACUCAGCCAGUACCAAAAAUGGGUUUAAGUCCUCCAGUCCGGUGUUGGACACCCAGCCGCCAACAUCCAGCAAAAACGCACUAGUCAACCCUGGAAUUGGGAUGUACAAGAUUAACGAGCUGGUGGACUGCAGAGACGUGAGCAUCGGCGCCUGGUUUGAGGCCUGCAUCGAAAAUGUGACACGCACUCCCAAAGGACAGAUAACAUCCACCAAGGGCAAGGUGGGCCGGCCCCCAAAAAGGACUAAUGGAAAGCUGGAGGCCGAACAGGGACAGGCCUACAGCCAGGGCCAAACCACAGACAGUAACAGGAAUAAUGUUGUGUUAAACUCGGAGAGUAAUGGAGCCUCCACCUCUCAAACAGACUCUACAGCAACUACAGAGACCAAGGAGAGAGAAGAGGACGUAAUUUACCACAUUAAAUAUGACGACUACCCAGAGAAUGGUGUAGUGGAAAUGAGACCGGUGGAUGUGCGGCCUCGUGCCAGGACCCUGCUGUUAUGGGACCAGCUAAAGGUUGGCAUGCAGGUGAUGGUCAACUACAACAUGGAGACCCCAGAGGAGAGAGGUUUCUGGUUCGACGCUGAGGUUCAGGCCCUCAAUCAAACUACGCGCACCAACAAAGAGCUCCGAGUCAAGAUUCUCCUGGGGGGUCCUGGAGACGUGAUUGGCGAUUGCAAAGUUCAGUUUCUGGAUGAAAUCUACCAGGUGGAGAAACCAGGAACUUGUCCACUCUCGGCUGCAGAUGGACAAUUUAAACGGAAGAGUGGGCCUGAGUGUAAGCACUGCAAGGCCGACCCGGACGCCGAGUGUCGCUUCUGCUCCUGCUGCGUGUGCGGCGGGAAGCAGGAUGCUCACAUGCAGCUGCUGUGCGAUGAAUGCAACAUGGCGUUCCACAUCUACUGCCUCAACCCGCCGCUUGCCAGCAUCCCAGAUGACGAGGACUGGUACUGUCCCACCUGUAAGAAUGACACCAGUGAGGUUGUCAAGGCAGGAGAAAAACUCAAAGCCAGCAAGAAGAAGGCUAAGAUGCCAUCGGCAACAACUGAGAGUCAAAGGGACUGGGGAAAGGGUAUGGCCUGUGUGGGGCGUACCAAGGAGUGCACAAUUGUUCCUUCAAACCACUACGGACCCAUACCUGGUAUUCCUGUUGGAACCACAUGGAAAUUCAGAGUUCAGGUGAGCGAGGCAGGUGUUCACAGGCCACAUGUCGGUGGUAUCCACGGGCGCAGUAACGAUGGCUCCUAUUCUCUGGUGUUGGCUGGGGGCUUUGAGGAUGAAGUGGACAGGGGAGAUGAGUUCACCUACACAGGCAGCGGGGGCCGUGACCUCUCAGGAAACAAACGGAUCGGAGAGCACUGUUUUGACCAGACCCUUACCCACAUGAACAGGGCUCUGGCUUUAAACUGCGAUGCGCCCCUGAACGACAAGGACGGGGCAGAGUCCAGGAACUGGCGGGCGGGAAAACCGGUGAGAGUGGUGCGCAGCUCCAAAGGCCGACGCAUCAGCAAAUAUGCUCCUGAGGAGGGCAACCGCUACGAUGGUAUCUACAAGGUGGUAAAAUACUGGCCAGAGAUAGGAAAGUGUGGUUAUCUGGUGUGGCGGUACCUGCUGAGACGGGAUGAUCUGGAGCCAGCGCCAUGGACACCUGAAGGGCUGGACAGGAUAAAAAAACUGGACCUUGGUGUUCAGUACCCACCCGGCUACUUGGCAGCCAUGGCUAACAAGACUAAGAAAGAGGCCAACGCCAGACCCGGUCGCAGCGGUCGGGGUAAGCACCAUCCCGGGAGGGGGAGGCCGCGGAGACAACGCAAGAUCAAGGAGAAAGAGGAGAAUGAUGAGGAAGAGGAGGAGGAGCAGCCGAUGGCCGGCGUGGAAGAGGAGGAGCCUGAAAGUAAUGGAGAGCAGAAGACAACCGCAGAUAGUGAAUCGUCACCGGUGGCAGAGCCUCCCUCAAAACGGUUGAAGAUAGAAGAGACCUUCCAGCUGUCAGAGCAGCAGCAGCAGUUAAUCCGAGAGGACACAGCCAACAAGAAACUCUGGGACGAAGCCAUGGGACACCUUGCAGAGGGACCAAAUUUCCUGCGCAAGAUGGAGCAGAUCUUCAUGUGCGUGUGCUGCCAGGAGCUGGCCUUCCAACCCAUCACCACCGUCUGCACACACAAUGUUUGCAAGACUUGUCUUCAGCGGUCGUUCCGAGCGAAGGUGUACACCUGCCCCGCCUGCCGUCACGACCUGGGCAAAGACUACAUCAUGACCCAAAACAAGACGCUCCAGAUGCUGCUCGACCAGUUCUUUCCCGGCUACAGCAAGGGCCGAUGAGGUCGAAAUCCCAUUUCUACGUAGAAUACAUACACGCACAUAAGCAUCCAUUCUGUGCACCCAUGUAUACCGUCAAGUACCUAGAGCUCCACUUUAAAACGCAUCACGCACACAUACUGUACUUACCCACGGGCAAAUGUAUAUUGCAUAUACAGCCAUUUAUGUAUACAAUCAUUCAUACACAAACAACCUCAGUAGGAACUGACCUCAUCUGUUGAACUUGGACUGUCUCCAUUAACGUCACCAGCCUGAAAUUCAAACGAGGACGUUUUUUUUUUUGUUUAUUUUUUACCUCCCCCACGAACGCACAAAAGACACACAGAAGGAGCUUUGACUCAUAUGCCCACAAGCAAUCUCAAGAUAUUAGCUAAUGUUUUAAUUUGCUCCUCCACCUUGUUGACCACUGGUACCGUAAAAUUGCUACAAUGCAGCCCAGAUGUCCCCUCUGGUCAUGAAAUCAGCCAUUAGAUUCCUGCCAACCUGUAAGCAUUUUGUGUACCAUGUGUACAGUUUUACACCAAAAUCCUCAGCUGAACUGCUUCAUAUUUGUUCAGUGUUUAAAAACGGUGCUAGGUUAAUACAGUCAUUUAGGCUCAGCAGGACUGGCAGUUUCACAAGGUUACUAAAGACAAAUGGAAGAGACAAUGUCCCGCACAAAAAAUUAAGAAAGUCAAGAAUUCCAUUUAUAUAUGAAAAGAAGCACACACUGUUUAUGCCUUUGAAGCACUUUAUCAAUGACAUGUGCAGCAGACUUAUUUUGUAGUUUAACCAGGAGCACCUGGUAGCAUCCUGCUAGCUGCUCGUGUCACUUGGAAUAAUACCAUCGCUAUGCCUCAAGCUAAUAAGAAUAGCAAAUGUCUCGUCGGUGGUAACUUAACAUUAAAUUGGCAGCUGUGCCCAGUUUGUUUGGAGCUUCAGAAGAUUUCUGGCCACAAUAGAGCAGCACAUAUGUAGUGAACACAACAGUCAUCAACAGGCAAAAACUCUUAACUUGGAUUUUAUGUAGAGUUAAAAAAAAAAGGCAGUCAUUUAGUCAUUUUGACCCUCAUAAACAUACCAAAGACAUGAGGCAGGGCAGAGGCAAAAAAUCUUCAGGAAUCUGCUUUUAAAAAAACUAAUUUCUGGUGAGGGAUCAUGACUAGGAAUAAAAUGCAAUACGUACUUGUAAAGUAUCAAACAGCCAAAUAAAAAAAAGGGCACUUUUCAUUUCUACUUCAAAGCAGCUAUACAGAAAUACACACAACAAACAAGCAAGCACCAGUGAAUCUGUCUCAUAAGCGCUGUGGAAACGUCUAACAUUAUUGAAAUGAUUUGUCAAACAUUGUUAAUCUUCACAUGUACUCUCUCAUUCAUGGUUCCACUUUGUCAGUCAGAUUUCAUGGACUGAACUGGUAACGAUGUGAUGAAAAUGAAAGAGUUAUGUGCUGCACCCUGAAAAGCUUGAAAAAGCAUGAGGCGCGCCGCUUGCAUCCACUUUUCAAUGACGCUUGGAAGGGCACACUGUGGCUGUCCAUGGUGUUACCAGGCAACUAAAACCAAUCCGUACUUCACACAAAGAUGGUUAGCAUAUAUCGUGCUCAGCGGAUAUUCAUCUGCUGUUGUUGUGUCUGUUAGAUUCAGUGUUAUGUUCUGUGAGAUCUGCUUCUCCUUUGUUUUAGGAUUGCACGGCAAUGAUCGGCAAUGAGAUAUUUGUUAUCACAUUACAUCCAUGAAUUGGAGUUAUAUCUGUCUCAGUGUGCCAUGGUGGAGCCUGAAGGAAAAGGCUACUGAUUUUCAUUCCCUGACAAAGCUUCUUAAUGAACACAAUGGCUGUGUGGAUGGAUACACACCAUCAGAGGCUCAGGGACACUGCCUCAGAACACAGUAUACAAGCUAGAUGUAAACAUACUGACUCCAUAGGACAAGAAAACAGGAGAUGAACAAAAGUUUACAGUAAAAGCACUGGCAGUCACAAAUGAUACCCAAAGU